AUGCGGUUUCUAACCGCCCUUGCUUCGUCACUCUUUUUUUCUUCAUUUACAUUCGCUUCCCCUUAUCGUCCAGACCUCACAUCCUACAAUCUCAAUGUGAACCAAUCCGCCCAGUCCGCUACAGAUUAUUCAACCACGAGAUCAAACACCACCUACACCCCCUCUCCACAGAACUGGCGCUCAAUACCAAUGUACACCGUCCUUAUGGACAAGUUUGCUGAUGGUGACCCUUCAAAUAAUCAGUUCUUUAACUCACCACACGAAUGGGAUUGGAGAGAAACUCAACUUCGUUUCGGCGGUGACCUCAAAGGUCUAAUCUCAAAACUGGACUAUAUCCAAGGAAUGGGCGUUAAGGCCAUAUAUCUCUCAGGUACUAUAUUCUUGAACAUGAUAUGGCAAGCCGAUAGUUAUUCUCCUCUCGACUUCUCUGUAUUGGAUCCUCAUUGGGGUACUAUUGAUGAUUGGGUAAACUUCAUUGACAUCUUACACGCACGCGGCAUUUAUGUCAAUUCCAGCGCCCCAUUCAGUCUCGCUGAAUAUCCUACGGUCUACAAAAACCCGAGGUACAUCCCCUGGGGAUUUGAACAGUAUGUUGAUUUUUCCCUCAUCAAUGAGCGUAACACUUCUUGUGAACUUCCCGUCUUUUGGCAAGAUGAUGGAAUAAUCCAGCCUGUAACGGGAAAUGAUGGUUGUUACGAGUCCGACUUUGAUCAAUAUGGUGACAUGGACGCCUUCGGUAUGCACCCCGCCUGGCAGCGUCAGCUUUCCAAAUUUGCAUCUGUACAGGACCGUCUUCGCGAAUGGAAGCCUUCUGUUUUGAACAAACUGACUACUUUUUCCUGUAUGACCAUUACAGCCCUUGAUAUCGAUGCCAUUCGUGUCGACAAAUCCACACAGCUCACUGUCGACGGCCUGACCGCUUGGGCAUCUGCAACUCGUGCUUGCGCCAGUAAUCUUGGAAAGAAGAACUUUUAUAUCACCGGUGAAGUCACUGGCGGUGACACCUUUGGGUCUCUAUACUUGGGACGUGGCCGUACCCCGGCUAUGCCGCACCCCGGAUUCCUUCAGGCAACCAACUUGACAGGAUCCGAAAGCCAGUAUUUCUUGCGCCCACAGUCAUCGAAUGGCCUCGACGGCUACGCGUUCCAUUACUCAAUAUACCGUUCCCUCAUCCGUUUCCUCGGAGUGGCCAACUCAUUGGUCGUCACGUCCGACCUCGACGCCAACUUUAUCACCGCUUGGAAUCAGAUGUUCGUGAAUGACGACUUCUUGAAUCCAAACACCGGCCUCGCCGAUCCGAAGCAUCUAUUCGGAACAAGUAAUUUCGAUGUUUUCCGCUGGCCCGGUUUGGUGAAUGGCACAUCGAGGUCCGCAUUGGGAUCUUAUAUCACGUACCUGGUUAUGCCAGGGGUUCCAUUGAUCUACUAUGGCGAGGAGCAGAAUUUCUAUCUGUACGACUCCACGGCUUCAAACUAUCUUUUCGGCCGUCAAGCUAUGAUGAGCAACAAGGCUUGGCAACGCCAUGGGUGCUACAGAGUCGGAUCUGCCCAAUACCCUAACAUGGCGCUUGAACCUGCCUUAACGGGAUGUGACGACGAUUGGAACUCGCUCGAUCAUUUCGAUCCCACAACGGACAUGCGUCGCCUCCUGAAACAUUUCUUGUACCUCCGAACCACCUACAACGCCCUCCAAGACGGCUUCGACCUCAUACAGCAUGGAAACUGGACCUACUUCGUCGACCUCCCGGGUUCGAACCAUACCGCGACCGAGAUGGGCCUCUGGUCUGUAUCACGUGCGGGUAUCCCGAACGUACAAAACCUGACCGGGGAGCACACCGAUCAGGUCUGGCUAUUGUACUCCAAUCAGAACAGCUCACAGACGCAUUCGUAUGAUUGCAGCGGUCCGCUGUGGCUGUCAUCACCAUAUGUGGGUGGGACGACGGUGAGGAACUUGCUUUCUCCGUACGAGAACUAUACGCUUGUGGACUCGGGGGUGUCAUACUAUAAUAACGGAAUGGGACCGUGGUAUGGGUGUCUCCAGACUGUGGACAUGGACAUGUUUGGCUUCAAGGCUUUGGUGCCUGUCAGCGAGUGGGUCCCUGCCCCCCCUAUGCUCACCAAGUUUCUGCCUGGACAUGACGCGCGCCUUGAAGUCAUGCAGGGGAUGCCAAACGCUACGAUCGUGAACAUCGCGCUAGAAUUCAAUGUGGCAAUGUCAUGUGAUAGCGUCACACACAGUUUAUCGUUCAGCAUGUCGUCUUCUGGCACCGGUGGGCAGCCUAUGCUCGACCUGACUUCGGUGGUGUGCAAUGCUGUCAUGAAUCCCACCAUGUCGCCCAUUAUCAUUGUUAAUAAUCCAUCAUCGUUCGAUGGAACGCUGUCUACUGGGAAUACAGAUCAUCUGCUGCUGCGCAAGGGCGAAGCGAACAAUGUCAUGGUGUUCCCCGAGUCCGAUUACGAUAACGCAGAUUUCAACUACGUUGAUGGCCAGUAUACAUUCACGCACCGUGCCUAUGGGGCGGACAUGUUCAGGUACUCAGGCGACUUCACACUAAGUUGGUCUAAUUGGACGAGCUGGGAGAAUGUUACGACCAUACCCGCUGACGUCCUUAUCAAUUCUGAUACUUUCUGGACAGGACAACAUCUCGUAGUACAAUAUUGGAGUGGUGUCGCGACUACCGCCAGCGUUGUCGUGCAUGCAGAUCUGAACCACAAGCAGCAACGUCGCAUUCCGCAGUUCCUCGCUCGAGGUCCUUUCAAUAACUGGGGUUAUGACCAGGGUAUCUCCAAUGCGAUGAACCUAGUCAGCGAUGGCACUUGGGAGCUCGAAAUCAUGACUGCGUGGCCAACGUACUUGCAACUCAACGUGUUUGGGUACGAUGACUACUUCUACGGCGACGUCGAUGGGGACGGCAUUUUGGAUCGGCUACCACCAAACACCAUUGCGCUCAACUACCUGAACUUGUCGGCACCCCCUUAUCCUGCGCUCGCAUGGGCACUGAUUGUUGAUGAUGCCACGUUGGCUUGGACUCUUGAACCUCGUGGCCAGGCUUCUGUCAGUGCUAUCAUGUACACGUUUCUCUGCUCUCUCCCCCCCAUUACCGGAGUUCUCGCAGUCGUCAUUUUCAUAUACUCUUUCUACGGCAUCCGCCACAACCUGUACGGUGUGAAGACGAAUUGGGGCGCAAGCAAGUGCUUCUCCAACAUUGGAUCUCUCGGCAGCAAGCCGACCGCGGACUUCAAGGAGUGCGUGACGCCCAUCAUGGAGAAAAUCUUUGGGCACAAGCCGAAUGCGGAGAUCAUAGGAUGGCCAGAGGACAAGAACAAGCGACGCAAAGUUCUCAUCGCGACGCUGGAGUAUGAGAUCAUUGACUGGAAGAUCAAAGUCAAGAUCGGAGGUCUUGGUGUGAUGUCGUCGCUCAUGGGAAAAGCUAUGACGGACGUUGACUUGAUCUGGGAAUAUCCUGCUGGUGAACCUGCGGAACCUAUCGAGGUUACCAUCCUCAAUGAACCUUACCUCGUCGAUGUGGAGACGCACGUGUUAGACAAUAUCACAUAUGUUAUCCUCGACAGCCCCGUUUUCCGUGCACAGACAAAAUCGGACCCGUACCCAGCCCGCAUGGAUGAUCUUAGUUCCGCCAUCUUCUACUCUACAUGGAACCAGGCCAUCGCAACUACCAUCCGCCGAUUCCCCGUCGUCGACAUAUACCACAUCAACGACUACCACGGCGCGCUUGCUCCAAUUUACCUCCUGCCCAAAGUAGUACCCGUCUGUCUCUCGUUACACAAUGCUGAGUUCCAGGGUCUAUGGCCGCUUCGAACAAAAGAAGAGAUGAAAGAAGUCUGCUCCGUGUUCAACAUCAGCAAAGAGCACUGUACGAAAUACGUUCAGUUUGGAAACACGUUCAACUUGCUUCACGCUGCCGCAUCGUUCAUCAGCGUUCAUCAAAAGAGCAUCGGUGUUGCCGGAGUGUCGGACAAGUAUGGGAAGCGCAGUUGGGUGCGGUAUCCUGCUCUGUGGACUCUCAAGCAUGUUGAUUCGCUGCCUAAUCCUGACCCUACGGAUAUUGCGGCUUUGGAUGAGAACCCGGUGGCUAUCCGUGAAGUGCAGAUCGAUCGGGCUGCUGAGGCGCAGCGUCCGGAGAUGAAGAGGCAGGCUCAGGAAUGGGCGAAUAUCAAGCAGGAUCCCAACUCUGAUCUAUUUGUGUUCGUUGGUCGGUGGUCGAAGCAGAAAGGUGUUGACCUGAUUGCGGAUGUCAUGCCAUCGCUCCUUGAGAAACGCCCUUCGAUACAGUUGAUUUGUGUCGGACCUGUUAUUGAUCUGUAUGGUCGGUUCGCUGCGGAGAAGCUCACUCGCUUGAUGGAGAUGUACCCUGAUCGUGUUUACGCGAAACUGGAGUUUACUGUGUUGCCGCCUUAUCUGUUUGGUGGUGCUGAUUUUGCUCUGAUUCCUUCCCGUGAUGAACCGUUUGGAUUGGUCGCUGUCGAAUUUGGGAGGAAAGGUGCCCUUGGUGUUGGUAGUCGACUCGGUGGUCUUGGGUUGAUGCCUGGAUGGUGGUUCCCUGUGGAAUCUACCUCGACGGAUCAUAUGUUAUCUCAGCUUUCGAAGACGAUCAAGUUGGCGUUAAAAUCCACAGAAGAAGAAAGGGCCAUGCUUCGUGCUCGGUCAGCUAUUCAGCGUUUCCCAGUCAUCGAAUGGCGUCAGCGGAUGGAAGACAUACACCGACGGAGUAUAAACGCGAGCCGAAAUCUGGCUGAUUCAAACGCUUGGCGGGAGGCGGACUGCGGGACUGAGCCCUCUCAGCAUGCGGCUUUUGAGGUAGAAGAUUGGAACCCUGUCAAUCAAGGACUGCCCGUUUCACCUGGCUGGGAUGUACAGACCCCCAUGUCAUCCCCGAGAUUCAUGCUUAGCUCUCUCAGUGAAAGCGAAGUUUCUACGCCCCACGAAGAGAGCUUUUUGUUAACGUCAUCCCCGAGAUUCAUGCUUGGUUCUCCCAGUGCAAGCGAAGUUUCUACGCCCCACGAGGAAAGCUUUUUGUUAACACCGCCUGGUUUCACGAAUAGUAGUCGGUCCAGUUCCAGUGACGUUUUGGAGAAAGGGGACGGGACGAUUGCACAAGAUCGUCGACAUGCGCCAGAUCCUUUCUUGAGUCCGACGUCCCCUUCAAAACCGUUUGGAUCACAUUCUCUGGCGAUCUCCGUCGUGAAAGAAAAGACCAACUCGCCGCUGAACAAGGCUAUUAUGACGUUCACGGAUUCUGAUGGCAGCGUUACCUCAGAGUUUGUGCAAAAGCUACAAACGCUGAACUCAAAUAACUCCAAGGGUGAACUCUCUAUUGAGAAGUACCUCGUCAAAUCUGAGAAUGCUUUCUUCGAACGUGCGAGACGAGACAAGCUGUCCGAUGCAGCCAGUCACAUUUCCUCGCACCGAGAGCGUAUCCGGAUCAUGCUGGCUCGAAAAAUCGGAAGCUGGCCGUUGUAUACUAUCAUCAUUGCUCUCGGUCAGAUGCUUGCUGCAAAUAGCUACCAGAUGACUUUGCUCACUGGUCAAAACUACCAGGAAAACGUUCAACUAUAUGUUCUCAGCACUGUAUUCUUGAUUUCAUCUUUUGUUUGGUAUACGUUGUUCCGCUUGAAGCCUUCUGUCUACGUUCUUUCUGCUCCCUGGCUCUUUUAUGGCCUAGCAUUCUUUUUGAUUGCCAUUCCCUCAUUAUCAUCAAAACUUCAAGGGACUCAUACCAUCUUAUCGGACAUUGCCACUUGGUCAUAUACUGUCGCUUCUGCUGCUUCGUUCCUAUUUUUUGGCUUGAACUUCGGAGAGGAAGCGGCUGCCGCCACUGAAGUCUGGAUACUGCGCGCUUGCAUUGUACAAGGUUCUCAACAGAUCUGGGUGGCUGCCCUGUGGUACUGGGGUAGCACACUGAAUACCGCGACGCCUGGGUCCGUUACGCCUUGGUGGAUUGUGUUUAUCUUGUGGCCGCUCUCAAUAAUGUCGUUUGCGUUUGCAUACUUGAUGUUGUACGGACUACCAGAGUACUACCGACAAACUCCUUCGAAAGUUCCAAACCUCCUUAAGACUCUCUUGCGAAGGAAGCUAGUUCUUUGGUUCCUCGCGUCUGAAAUUUUGCGUGAUUAUUGGCUCAGCGGUCCUUACGGUCGCAACUGGAGUUUCCUCUGGAAUGUUCCGAUCCCCAAGUCGGCGAUCAUGCUUCUCGUCAUCUUCUUUUUCGUUGGUGUCUGGGCUCUCAUGCUCUAUGUUCUCACGUCCUUGAGUAAGACGCAUACUUGGUUGUUGCCCGUGUUCGCUGUCGGCCUUGGCGCUCCAAGAUGGUGUCAGACAUUGUGGGGCACCUCGUCUCUUGCGCUCUAUAUCCCGUGGGCUGGCUCAGGGGGACCAUACCUAGGUCUUUCUCUGUGGCUUUGGCUUGGUGUUUUGGAUGCUGUACAGGGCGUCGGCCUGGGAAUGAUUCUGCUCCAGACAUUGUCAAGAUUACACGUCUGUUCCACGCUCGCUCUCGCUCAGGUUAUUGGGUCUAUUUGUGUUAUGGCCGCCCGCGCAAGUGCACCAAACCGCAUCGGUCCAGGGAGCGUAUUCCCUAAUGUCGGAACAUGGGACUUCUCACAUGGUCUCAGGGGCAGCCCAAUGGCCUCCGCUCCAUUCUGGCUAGCGCUGAUCUGCCAGAUUGUCAUUGUACUAGGUUACUUCUGGUUCUACCGCAAAGAACAACUAGGUAAGUCGUCGUGCAAGUUGACUGUGGAGAUGCUCUAA